AUGGCGGAAAAAUUAAGGGAAGGAUUGAUCUUGGGACUGGGAAACCCUCUUCUGGAUAUCUCAGCUGUUGUCGACGAAGAUUUUCUCAAGAAGUAUAAUUUAAAAGCUAAUGAUGCAAUUCUUGCUGAUGAGAGUCACAAGCCGCUGUAUGACGAGCUGAUUGAGCAGUACAAAGCGGAAUUUAUCGCUGGCGGAGCGGUUCAGAAUACCAUGAGAGUUGCUCAAUGGUUCCUGGAGAAACCUCACGUGGCAACAUUCAUGGGUUGCGUUGGCAAAGACAAGUACUCCAAGAUUUUGGAAGAAAAAGCUCGGUCUAGUGGAUUAAAUGUAAAGUACCAGUACCACGACACAGUUCCUACCGGAACUUGUGGGGUUUUGAUAACCGGAAAAAUAAGCCCGGAGACGAUCCAAGAAGUCGCUAAACACUCGCACAAAAACGGCAAGACCUUUAUGAUGAAUCUGAGCGCUCCGUUCUUAUGCGAGUUCUUCAAGAAACCAAUGAUGGACGCGUUCCCGUACGUCGACAUUAUUUUCGGAAAUGAAACAGAGGCCGAAGCUUUCUCAAAAGCCAACGACCUGGGUACUAUGGACCGCAAGGAAAUCGCCUUAAAGAUGUCCAAGAUGGACAAGGUCAAUGAGAAGCGCCAGCGGAUUGUUAUAAUUACUCAGGGUGCGGAUAAUGUUAUUCUUGCUAAGGAUAACACUAUUCAGGAAUUUCCGGCUACUUCUUUGCCGGAGGAAAAAGUUGUUGAUACUAAUGGUGCUGGUGAUGCUUUUGUUGGAGGUUUCAUAGCGCAGUACGUUCAAGGUGCAAGCAUCGAGACCUGCAUCAAAUGUGGAAUUUGGGCAGCCACUGUUAUUGUCCAACGUUCUGGUUGCACCUACGAAGGAAAACCAGAUUUUGCUACUUGA